CUGCCCACCCGUAGCAGAAGCGAUCUCUCCCUCCUCGCGGACUUGGCAGCAGUUCAUUUGUGUUGGCCCAGGCCCGUGUCGUGUCUGUGUUGUAAAAUAAGUUUCAAGUCUUUUGGCUCAAGUCUUGUUCGACGAAUGCGAAAAAAAGAGGUUGACUUCCUUUCGGUUGGUCCGGACGCUGCUGCUUCUGCUGUUCAAGCUUCCCGUUAAGUUUAGCCUUUCUGGAUCCGUGUUGAAACGAGCGCGCGCGGAGUGUUACCCGAGUACCAGUGUGAGACCAGCUUUAGCGUCGGGGUCAAGUUCCGUCCAGCAAACAGGGGGACGUGGUGGUGUAGAGUUUCCGGUUGCCAAACGGCGCGCGCGUCUUUGACCGAUUCCGUGAGUGUGUGUGUCCUGACCCGGGGGCCGUCCACCGGAGCAAUCUAGUGCGUUCUGUGAAGAAAGGUUCGCGGCCAUUUAGAAGUGGCCACCAGAGGAGAAGUUCCGCCGCGACGACAAAAGAGUGUGUCGGGGUGAAUGUGUCUGUGACAGAGGGGCCACAGAUAUACAGAUACAGCACACGCAGAAGGAAUUUUCCAUCGCACCAGCACAACCAGCAGCAGCAGCUCUUCCCCGGAAGUUCCCCGGAGAAUCGACCCGCAAAACUUCGCCGCCGGUGAAUCCGCCUUCAAAACAAAUCAAUGAGAUAAGAUGUCCGCGGUGACAAACAGUACGACCUUCUUCCAGAACGGCAACGCCGCCCAGUUCGAGUUCGCGCUCGCGCUGUAUCCGGCCGCGCUCAAGAUCAAAGCCGAGGCGCGCAAAAAGCCCGAGAAGCUGAUCCGGCUGGACGACUGGUACCAGAACACGCUGCCCAAGCUGAUCGCCAAGCGCGGCAAGGAUGCCCACCUGCUGCACGAGGAGCUGUGCCAGACGAUGGAGUGGAAGCAAACGCGGGGGAAGGCGUACCCCCAGCUGACGCAUCUGAUCAAGAUCAACACGCCGCGCGCGGUCAUGAUGGAGACGAAGAAGGCCUUCCGGAAGCUGCCGAACGUGGAGCAGUCGUUGAACGCGCUGUCCAAUUUGAAGGGGGUCGGGAUUACGAUGGCGUCGGCGCUGCUGGCCGCGGCCGUGCCCGAUCUGGCGCCGUUCAUGGCGGACGAGUGCCUGAACGCGAUGCCCGAGUUUGAGAACAUUGACUACACUGCCAAGGAGUAUUUGAAGUUUGUCGAGCUGAUACAGGCCAAGCAGGAGCGGCUGAACAAGGAGUGCGAGGGCGGGAAGAGUAAUGGGGCCGCGGGUGAGGAGAAUGGCGAUGGGGAGGAGAAGCCUGCGGCGAAGAAGUGGUCUGCCCACUCGGUCGAGUUGGCGUUGUGGGCGUACAGCGUGGCAUUCGACUCGCAGCCGGAACUGCUGAAGGACAUGCCAGAGAGCAACGGGGUGGUGGCAGCGGUGCCGAUUGUGGCCACCAACGGGAAUGCCGUGGACACCGAGGACGAGACCUCCCAGAACGGCGUCCCGUCGGACGAGAGCAACCUGGACAGCGAGAGUGCCUCGAAGGACGCGAUCAUCACCAACGGCAACAGCCUGGACGGGGUGGACUCGGAGAGCGGAACCAACCAGGACGCGGUCACCAACGAUGGAGUUCCGGAAGACGUUGAAGUCUCGGCCAACGCCAACGCCGUCCCGAGUGACAGCUUAGACGACUGCGCUAAGUCGGGCGACAGCCUGGACGGACCUCCGCCGACGGCGGUCGAAGCGACGGCCGCCGCCGUGGCCACGCUCUGCACCGCCGACUCGAACGAAAUCGCCCUCGUCGCGGACAGCGACUCCCAGAGCAGCAACAGCCAGAAGCGCCCGCUGUACUGCGACGACAACUCGGAGGAGCAGCCCGAGCUGAGCGCCCCCAAGCUGAUAAAGCUGUAAACACCCCCUGUUUUGUGUCAAGUUUGUCCGUUUUUCCCCCCUCAAAACCCUGUAUUUCCGGUAUGAAUGAGCGUGAGAUUCAAGUAAGUGCGAGAACGCGUGAGUAUUGCUGAAGUCGCCUUCUUUUCCCCCCUCCCACAACAACUUCAACCGCUGAAACUCAUCCACAAACUUAUCACACAACUCUUCACACACACGUAUUUAUGACGCCGCCAGGAUCGCUUUCUUCUCAAAAGGACCAACCACCAACCAACACACCACCACAGACAUCAAACGGAACCGUUUUGAACAAGCUCUAUAACUCUUAACAAACUAUUAUUGUAUUUUAAUCGUAAUUAUUUUAUUUACAAACCAGCAUUAAUCGGAUAGCAAUAGACGUUAAAGGUUAGCACCGUAGGGUUUAAACAAAAA